CAUCCAAGGAGGAAACAUGAUGUCUACUCCGUACAUGAUGCUUUGUCUGGUUUUUGUUGUAAUGUGCUCAGGGCAUGCAUCAGCAGUGUGGUAUGAGUAUUGGACAAAUUGGAUCAACGUUGAUAGACCAUCAGGCAAUGGUGAGGGCGAAUCAAGACCGGGCUUUGCAGGAAAGAAACUGGUAGAGGCAGACUGUUUGUACCCCAAUGGAAUCGAAUGCCAAACCGCAAGCGAUGAGCCGUAUUACAAACACAAGCAGACGUUUGAAAAGGGUUAUGACUGCACUGUUAUGCUUGGACUUAUAUGCUUGAACAAGAGAAAUACAGGCAUGUGUAAGGACUACAAAACAAGAUAUCGCUGCAAUAAAGGAGGGAUCGCUAACCCAUGUACUCAGAACAAUGGCUUGUGCACUCAUCAAUGUAAUUACUGUACUAACUGCAAAGGUCGAUGGUGUAGAUGCUUCCCUGGGUACAGCCUAAUGAGGGACUACAAAACCUGUAACGAGCCUCUUAGAUGUUUUGAGUGCAAUAGUAUUGAUGAUCCAACAAAAUGUGGUCAAAUAACCAAUACGGAUGACAAAGUAUUGCAGUUACCAUGUAAUACUAUGUGCUUCACAGCAAAAGACUGGGAUGGAAAUUACUGGCGUGGUUGUGCUGAUACCGAGCCCAGCCAUCCUAAUAGAUGUUUCGGCAGCGACAGGGUGCAUAACUACAGACCUCCAUCGACACCAGGGAAAACUACGUGGCGUCAUCCAUGGACAUCACCAUCAAAACCAGAUGUACAGCUCACUUUCUGCAAGGGUGACCUUUGUAAUGGAAAUGGGGGUUCGGCAAAGAUCAUCAAAGGAUAUGGCUCGCUCAGUUCACAAAAUUUUGGCGGUGACCUGAAGUACGACAACAACAUCCUGACCGAAUACGUGAUCCAUUCAAAUCACCGUAUGAAAGUCACCUUCUCACAUUUUAGUAUAGAAGGUCACCCUGCCUGUGGAUAUGAUAGCCUUACUCUUCAUGAUGGUGGAACGAGCAGCGCCAGUCUCAUUGGAGGACCUAUUCUUCCCGAAGAGAACGAUGAUGACGUCAGCGGUGUUGCAGACGACAUUCCACAGUCGAAUGACAUAUCAGUCAAUGCAGAUUCAAACGAUGUAGAAACACUCGGCGGACAAGCUGACAUCGAGAGUUAUCGGUUUAUUGCGUCUGCUGAUAUAUUGAAACAUUUUGAAUCACGUCUAUCGAAAUAUCUGCAAGUUGGUGCUGAUGAUGAUACCAAAGAUGCAGAGCUCAUAGGGGAAGGAGAAAUAAGUGAAAUAUCACAUCUCGCUGUUCCACGCCUUCAAGAUGAGACAACGGAUCGCCGUAGAGCAUCAGAGAAACAAAAUAAUGACGCCCAGACAUCGAAACGGUCAAAAUCCUUCUCCGAAUACCAAGCAGAAUUGUUUGGACACAUGAACAUGGCCGAAAACUAA